CUCGCUACAAGGCAAAGGUUUGAGGUUUCCACAUUUCCCCUGGUGAGGAGAAGCAAAUCGGCAGAGAGCGAAGCAAACCGGCGGUUCCUAGCCCCUCGCGAUGGCCGGCAAAGCUCGGGUGCUCAUGUGCGCGGCGCUCGUCGUCCUCCUGCUCCUUGUCGAGACCACCGCUCCGAGUGGACAAGCUCACGCCGUCGAUUGCGGCAGCGCGUGCUCGUACCGGUGCAGCAAGUCGAGCCGGCCGAAUCUGUGCAACAGGGCGUGCAACACGUGCUGCCGGCGAUGCGACUGCGUGCCGCCCGGCACCGCCGGCAACGAGGAAGUCUGCCCCUGCUACGCCAACAUGACCACGCACAACGGCCGCCACAAGUGCCCGUGAUCCAACCCAUCUCAUCUGCACGGUCGAUCGACGACAAUAAUAUCCCAUCAAGCUAGCUACGAUCAACGACAACUAUAGACUACGAGAGGCACGAUCGAUAUGAUAUCAUGUACUCAAACUAGUGCUGCUACCUAGUACUAUAUAUGUACCUUGUGCUCAUCCAUUCGUGAUCGAACCAUCGUAUAAAGCAUAUGUUUGCUGUCUCAUUCUCA